AUGUUCUACUAUCCCACCGUGCUUCAGCGCCACACCGGCUGCUUCGCCACUAUCUGGCUGGCAGCGACACGUGGCAGCCGGUUAGUGAAGCGCGAAUACCUGAACGUGAACGUGGUGAAGACCUGUGAGGAAAUCCUCAAUUAUGUGCUGGUACGAGUGCAGCCCCCGCUGCCCGGCCUGCCGCGGCCCCGCUUCUCCCUCUAUCUCUCAGCCCAGCUCCAGAUUGGCGUGAUCCGAGUCUACUUUCAACAAUGCCAGUACCUCGUGGAGGACAUCCAGCACAUCCUGGAGCGCCUGCACCGUGCCCAGCUGCAGAUCCGUAUUGAUAUGGUGGAGCCCGAAGUACCCAAUCUGCUGCUUCCUAACUGCCUGGCUGUGAUGGAGACCCUGGAACAUGCUCCAGACCCCUUUUUCGGGAUGAUGUCUGUGGAUCCCAGACUUCCCAGCCCUUUCGAUAUCCCUCAGAUUCGACACCUCUUAGAGGCUGUGACCCCAGAGAGAGUUCUUGAGGAGAUCCCUCCUGAAGUCCCUACAGAGCCCAGGAAGCCAGACAGGAUUCCGGUCACCAUGCUGCCUCCUGAGGCCAUCACCCUACAGGAGGCCGAGCCUAUACGCUUGCUGCCGAUUGAGGGUGAACGGGAGCUCCCAGAGGUCAGCCGCCGAGACUUGGAACUGCUGAUUGCAGAGGAAGAUGAAGCUAUCUUGUUAGAAGAACGGUGGCCACCUCCAGCUCCUGCAGAGGUGGAAGUGACAGGAGAGCCACUUCCAGUCCAGGUCCUAGGCCCAGAGGAGCUGAAGCUGAGAGGCUGGGAGCCCCCAACUUUACUCCUCGAGGUGACCCCCCCAAAGGAGCUGCGUCUGCCAGUUCCACCCAGUCCAGAGCUGAGGAGGCCCCCAGUCUCCCCAUUGCCUGUGAGCCCACCAGCUCGCCGCCGCCGCCGCCGCCAGUUAUUGUUCUGGGACAAGGAGACUCAGAUCUCCCGGGAGAAAUUCCAGGAACAACUACAAACCAGAGCCCAUUGCUGGGAAUGUCCAAUGGUGCAGCCUCCUGAGAGGAUGAUCACAAGCCCUGCGGAGCUGCUCCAAACCCCAACUCACAUGGGCCGGCUACCCCCAGAACUACUGGCUUUCUGGACUCGCUGUGCCCAGCCACCCCCGAGAGUGCUCAGGCGAAGGCUACCUCCAGAGGCUGAAGAGGAGGCUGCAGAGAGGGAGGCAGCAGCUGAGGAGGAACGGAGAAGAGCUGAGAUUCUGAGUGAGAUCGAGGUCCUGAGGGAAGCCCAGGAGCCCAGUGGUCCCCUCAUGAUAUCUUCAGAGCUCUCCCUGGAAGCAGCCGAAGAGGAGAAGACCCGCAUCAGCCUCAUCCCCACAGAAGAACGGUGGGCUUGGGCUGAGGCGGAGCAGCCAGAGCUCCCUGCACUGCCCGUGGUACCUGAAGUCCCUGAGGUGCCCAUGGAGAUGCCUUUGGAGCUGCCCCCAGAGCCUGAGCUGCUCUCACUGGAGGCCGUGCACAGGGCAGUGGCACUGGAGCUGCAGGCCAACAGGGAGCCUGACUUUAGCAGCCUGGUGUUGCCUCUCAGCCCCCGCAGGAUGGCUGCCCGGGUCUUCUACCUGCUCUUGGUGCUCUCGGCACAACAGAUCCUUCGCAUAGAACAAGAGAAGCCAUAUGGGCGCCUUCUGAUCCAGCCAGGGCCCAAAUUCCACUGA